CACACGGGCGUCCGCGCGCGGCCCGGGCGGUAUCGGAGCCCGAGAGACCCCCAUGGAGCCCCCGGCCUUCGGCGACCCGCCGGCGCUCAAAGCGGCCCCUGGCGGGACCGCCACCGUCCUAAUACCCCUGGCUGGGACCCCUCCGUUCCAGUACGAAUGGAGCAGAGCGGGAGCGUCUUUGGACUCACGCUUCACCGUUUCUGAGGCCGCGGGUGGCGUGAGGCUGACCGUCACCUCCGCGCGAGAGCAGGAUGGCGGUAUCUACACGCUGCAGGCGAGCAAUGCAGCAGGCAGGGACACGGCGCGCGUGCGCCUCGAAGUUGCCGCGGACGAGGCAAGCGGCGACGACCCGCCCGCGUUCAUGCGGCGGCUGCAAGACCUCACUGUCAAAGUGGGCACCAGAACCCGGUUUCUGGUGGAGAUACUCAGCUCCACUGACUGCAAAGUGACCUGGUACCGCAACGAGCGCCGCCUGCUGGAGGCGGAGCGCGUGUCCCUGGUCCGCGACGGCAACUUCUGGUGCUGUGACGUGGCUUGCGUCAGCGUAGAUGAUGCAGGCCGCUGGACCUGUGCGGCUGAAAACCGGGGCGGACGCGCCAGCUGCGCCGCGCACCUUAAUGUGCUGGUGCCCAAAGCCUACAAGCGACCGGAGUUCGUAGAGGAGCUACGGGCAAUCUUGACUGAACAGGGCACAGUCUCCCUCGAGUGUAAGGUGGUCGGUGUGCCCACACCCGUGCUGAGGUGGUUUAAGGAUAGCCGUGAAAUAAAAGCCGGCGACGUUUUCGCCCUCACGGCCAGCGCAGAAGACCCGACGUCCCUCGGAACGUAUACCUGCGAGGCCGUCAACUGCAUGGGCAGAGCCUACUCUUCAUCCAAAGUCCACGUCACGAGGGGCCGCGAUGAGUCGAGACCAAGCUCUGCCGUCACCCCCGAGCCACCUCCAAUUUUCACCAAGGAGCUAGAAGACCAAUUCAUCAAAAUCUGCGAACACCUUACACUGAACUGUCAUAUUGUUGUCCCACCAUGGCCCAGAAGCGUCGUCUGGUACAAUAAGGAGGGAAAAAUUGAGCCUGGAGAGAGGUACCAUGUAACAGAGGAUGGUGUAGGCGGCUACCUUCUAGAAGUACAGUCAGCAGAGUGGCCUGAUGAAGGCGAGUGGAAAUGUGUGGCCACAUCGGCAGGGGGCAGGGUCGGCAUAUCCACCUGCCAUGUCAUCAUGGAUGUCCCCAAGAACUACCGGAAGCCGCGUUUCAUGGAGAACCUCCAGGCGGUGCUGACGGAUGAAGGUCUAGUCUCCUUCGAAUGCAAGGUCGUCGGCUUCCCCACUCCAGUGCUGAGCUGGUUCAAGGACGGCCAGGAGUUGAAGCCGGGAGAUGUUUACCAACUCACAGGCACAAACUCCCUCGGUUCCUACUGCUGCAUAGCCCGGAACUGCAUGGGCCAGGCCAGCAGCUCAGCCGAGCUGACGGUGGAAGACAUCCAGAACCAGCUCAACGAGGAAGAGAGGCUCCAGCUGUUCACCAAACACCAGGCGCCCAAGUUCCUCCAGGGCUUGCAGAGUGCUGAGGCGCGGAUUGACGAGCCAUUCCAUUUUACUAUUAAAGUUGCCAUUCCGCCCGAGCCGACAGUCCUGUGGUACCGAGACGACCAGCCCGUGGACGAGUCCCCACGCUGCCACCUCGCCAAGGAAGACCGAGGCAUCUUCUCCCUCGACAUCAAGAACCUGGAGUUCCUCGAUCAGGCCGAGUGGAAGUGCGUGGCCAUGAACGAAUUCGGCCACAGCGUCACCUCCUGCUUCCUCAAACUCAUCAUCCCAAGACACUUCAAAAAACCAAGAUUCUUGGAGAACCUUCAGGCUAUCCUCUCCGAAGAAGGCGCUGUCAACUUAGAAUGCAAGGUCAUCGGUGUACCGCAACCUGUCCUCAAAUGGUACAAGGACGGCGAAGAACUCAAACCUGGAGAUAUACACAGGAUCAUAUCUGGACAGGACGGCACUUGUUGUUUAGGAACAUAUACUUGUGAAGCGCAGAAUUGUAUGGGAAUCGCCGCCAGCUCCGCCUCGCUUCUCGGCUUCGACGACUCAAUGAAAGCCAAGAAGAAAAUAGCAGACGAACAAGCAUUGCAAAGAAAUUUGUCGCUUAGUACGAUACACGAAGAACGAACGUCGCAGAUGUACGAUACCCCGGUGGGAGAUAUAACUCUUGACGAUAAAGGCGAGAUUUCAUUUUCGUUCGAUGGAAAAGAAGUCUCCGUAUCGUUAUAUGAGACUCCUGAUUUAACUGAAGAGGAAGCACUUCAAAUAGUCGAAAUGUAUGCUGAUCAGCUAUCAGAAAAUGUUACUGAACAUAAUGUUGUCGAGCUGCCACCUCUUAGAUUUGUUAAAGAAACGUCAACUUCAGGUAAUCUGCUCAUGGAAGCUAUCAUAAUUGAUGUGUCUCCGGAAUAUUUUGCAUCACCCGAAGAAGACUUAAGAACGGAAGCUGAUGUAGAAGAUAUUUCAAUAGCUGAUGAAAAUGGCGCUCCUCAGCUUUCAUUAGAUACAGAUUUAGGCGAAGACUAUUUAGAAAAAACUAUGGCUCUACUAUCGGAUGAAAAAUCAGAUAUGCCUAAAAAGGUGGCUAGAAAGAAGUCAGAUUCUCUUAGAAGUGGAGAAGACUUCUUUAGUUUAUCUCGGGAACAAUCAUUAUCUGAAGAUAAAAGAGAUGAUGAUACGCAAAUUAUGUCUGAAAGUGACUUGGCUAGUUUUGCUAGCGCACGAAGUUACGGUAAGCAAAAAUCAAAAUCUUCACGCCGAUCAAUUGAUGAUGGCAGGGAAUCGUCAGAAACGAAGACAAUUCUACAUAAAGUUGAUGUAGAAGAGACAAGGGAGGUCAAAUCUGACAUUCAAGAAAUUAAGACCGAGGUACAAGAAAGUGAACAGAAAAAAUCUGAGAUGGAAACCCCCGUCAUGAAACCUAAGCGUGAACGGCGAAGUAGUCGGGGUUCACGACGCUCUAGCUCAGGUAGUGAAAAAUCUUUCAGCAAGGUUAGAGAAGAACUGUUACAAGUAAGAGCAGAGAUAGAACCCAAACCCAAAAUGACAGAUGAGGAAUUUAAGAGUAAAGUAACUGAAAUAAGUUCAACAAUAUCUAAAGCUAUUAAUGAUGUACAAAUCAUUGAAAGAGAUAUAAUAUUGAAAUCAGAGUUAAUGUCAUCUGCAGCUACAGCUUCAAGAAGUUUAGAGAUCAUAAGCAGUCUGAUCACCCCUCUAUCUGAAAUUCACAGCAUAGCAGAGGCUGCUAAGGAAUCUCUACAAGCAAAAGAAGUUACUACAAUAUUUAAUAAUCUUCCUACAUCGAUGAAAGCUUUACAACAAUCCCUAACUUUAGUUGAAAAAUGUAUCGAUAUGGAAGGUGAAAAUAAAACUUUAGUAAAGAAAACAUGCGUGGCAUUUAUAGAAACGUGUGGUAGUGAAAUUCAGAAAGUUAUGUCAGAUAUUAACACUGUUACCUUGACAGACUAUUUACAGGCAGACGAAAGUGUAAUAAGAGAAAUACAGACAUUAACAAAAGAUAUGUCUAACGUUAUCAAGUAUUCAUCUGAUACUAUUAAAACCCGAAAUCUAUUAAGUGAAGCCAGUGAAAUAAAGACAGAAGAUACAUCAAUUGAUGCAAAGCACCUCAAAGAUACACAAAAAGCUGUGUUUGAGUUAAGAAGCCCUGUCAACUCCUUGCUCUGCAUAGCCGAGAGCGCGGAAAGUGGAAAAAUUAUAGAUUUGACUAAAAUCAAAAACAGUGAGGUAAUACUCAAUGAUAUGUCUGCUUCAAUACAAGACUUACAAGUAGCUUUAGAGCAGAUAGAGUCACUCUCAGUUAAAGAAUCUACCACCUCAUUAAACAAGUACAAUACGGAAAUAAUCGAAACCGUUAUGGAUUCAAUUUUAAAACUCAGGGUGUCAUUUGAACAAUUAUCGACGGAAGCGAGAAGUGAAGACGAUAAACUAGUUUUGAAGCAGGCUCUAACAUCUAUUAAACAAAAUUUAAGUGAAAUUUCAACACAUAUUGAUAAAAUAGAGAGUAAUGUUGGAAGAUUUGACAUACUGCAAAGCGAUAAUAAACUGGAAGUCCUACAAAAAAUGGCUCAAAUACUUAUAGCGCUAGAAAAUAAUUUACCUCGCCUUGAAUCUCUGCCUGAUGUAAAGCUGCAUUUGGACGUAUUCCAUAAAAACCUUACGAAAGUUUUAGAGAAUGUGAUUGAAUGUAAUGAAGCUAAGAAAUAUUUCUCUUUAACCGAAAUAUGUGAUGUAGUUAACAGAGUAAACACAGCCAUAAAAACUAUAGAUUCUGACAGCAUUUUGUCCUUGGCAAGUCUCAAUAAUACGAUGAGGAUAGUCCAAGAUCAUUUUAUCAACAAUAUAUUUGAAUCUGAGCUAAAUUGUUCUAUAUUGAGUAACAUCAGCGAUGUAUUGGUAAAUAUACAAGAAGCUAUUAAUCAAGCUGAUGAAGUAAGCUUACACGUUGACUCGGAACACAUCAUUACACAAGAUAUUUCCUCGUAUGAAACUGGAAAAGCUGUCAUAGCUUUAGAGCGUAUAGAACACACUAUAGCUGCUAUAAGUAAAGUUAAAUCUCUUGAAUGUGCGAAAGAAUUGAAAGAUGCCAUAACACCAGUUCUAGAGAAUGUAUGUCCAGUUUUAGAAGAGCUUAAGCGAAGUGUAGCAUCCAUAGCUUUAGGGCGAGUUGAACAAGAUGAAAAUGUUUCUGAUAUGUCUGAUGUACAGUCAGUAGCCCAGACUUUAGCUACGCCGCUCUGUGAACUUAAUGAAAAUAUUAUGGUUAUAAACCAAACAAUAGUAGAACACAUUGAGAGCUUGAAAGAAAACAGUGAAGUCUUUGUAACAGUGGCAGAGCCAUUACAUGAAUUGCACACUACACUUGAGACGUUACAGCAAGUAGUAAUAUCACAAUACGGAGAAGAUGUGACUCCAUAUGAAGUAAGUGUAAAUAUGGCGAAUGCUGUACAAAAUCUUCAAAGCUGUAUUGUGAUGAUCCGUGAACAAGGUGGCAUAGAGAUGGCUGAUGAAAUGUCGACUCUAGAAGAUAUAUCUGGAAUAAAAACAACUGCUGAUACUUUACCUUCAGAUCGGUUAGUAUUACCUGAAGCCGCAGAAACAACCGCUGAACAAGCCGUUAGCUCUUUGCACCAAGACAUUGUACCAUCUGCUACAGCUCAGGCGUUACAGUCUUUAAAUGAUCACAUUACGGUUUUGCAGAAUCCUGAUGUCAUUGAUGCUUUAGAUACAUUAUCUGAAGUCAGUGAUUAUUCAAGCUUAAAAUCUGUUGUGUUAGGCCUAGGUGAGCUUCAUUCUGGUAUACAAGAGAUAUUGCAUCCAUUUAUUUUGGAGACUUCCGAUGAAAUGGUCCAUUUAAACACAUCGAAGUUAAUGGCCAUUGCAGAGCCUAUGCAAGACUUACAACAAUCGUUGUCUGUAUUAGAUGUUACUAAUAUACCAAUAUAUGAACACAUUCUUGAAAUGGCAUCUGACAAAAUACAUUCCGUUUUUCAAAGUAUCGCAGAAUUCAAAGAAAAUCUUGAUAAAUGCAUUCAUGCUGUAUUUCCUGCGAUGGAGACUGCCGACAGAACGAUUGAAAUAUCGAACAAGGUAGAGAGUUUACGCGCUGUGUGUGAAACUCUGAAGGAUAUAAUUGAAAGUACCAAGGCUAUAUCAACUGAGGCACCAGUCAAACAAGAAGUUAUUGCUCUUGAAGAGAGAGUUAACAACUUACUAGACGCGACAGAUGUGUCUAAAGGAAUUAAGAUAGAACAAGUCAAAUCGGUUACUCAAGAACUUUAUGAAAAUGUAAUAAACGUGCAAGAGGAACUUAUUCAGUUUACACCACAGGCACCAGAAAAAUUAGCCCAGGAAGCAAAACUAAUACAGGUUAUAGACAAAGUUGAACGGAAUAUAGCUGUAUUAGAAGAAUAUGAUUUUGUUGAUUUAUCAAGAGCCUCCGACAUGUCGUGCUCUUCGCCACAGAUAGCUCUUGAAAUAGAGACAGAUGCACUAAUACAAAUGGAUGACGUAGUUCAGUGUGCUGUUGGUAUUAUCCAGGAUUCAAGUAAUGAAACACCCAUAGCCGACCUAAUGAUAGUAGAAGACUUCUUCAAAAAUUGUAAAAAUGAGUUUGCUUUGCUUCGGUGUUUGUUGACUAAAAAGCUAAGUCAUAAGAGAAUCAUACGGCUAUUGCAGGAAUUUAAUGCAUUGAAAGAAACUAUCAACGAGUUUAAAGUAAAACAAAGUGAGCUCCACCUAGCUGAGGACAUUAGUAACUCGCUCAAAACAUUUUUUGGCUAUUGUGAUGAAUGUUUGAACAGUGUUCAAGACUCUCUUAUUAAGAUAGUUGAUUCGCAAUCUGAUUUACUUUUCAAGGCGCCUAUUACUAGGCUUGAUGCAACGAAGGAGGUCCUUAGUGAAAUUCUUGCAAGUAGUAAAUUUACACCUUUAGAAGACGUGGCCCAACGAUUUGUCAAUAUUAUUGAGAUUGCAAAGCCCUGUCUGCAAAGAGCUGAAACUGUCAUUCACGAAGAAAUUAAAUAUAAUGCAACAGUCGUUGAAGAUAAGGCGCUACUGGCGGCAAUGGAUGAUGCAGAAACAUUUAUAGAAGAACAAAUUCUAACCAAGUCUGAACUUACAGUAGAAUCUAGAGAAAUAUUACAAAAGGUUUUAGAAUGCAUUCAGAAACAUCACGAUUAUAAGGAUGCUACAGGCACGGGUAAAACGCUUAUACUUCUUAAGUGCCUCGCUGAGUGUUCUGAUAUUUUGCAAGAAAAUAUGUCAGAAUCCAAACCAGAAAUAAAAGAACACAAAUUCGAAGAAUCAGCUUUGAAAAAUGUGCUAGCAGAAAUGUUAGUUCCUCUUCAAGCAUUGCAUCAUCACCUGCUGAAUAUACAAGAGCAAGUAUCAACUGGUAUGGAAGACGAAGUGAUGUCUGUUGAUCUGACUUCAACAGAAUCAUUUGCUCAAGCUAUGGGAGAAAUACAACAAGAUAUAAAACAGCUAGAACAACAUGUGUCGGAGGGCACCGUAGUGGAUAGCGCGGAAAAGACCAUGAUACUGGAACUAGAUAAAGAAAUCCACACAAUACAAGACAGUAUAAAGUCCAUUGAAAAUGUCACAAGUGAGGACAGAGAAAAGGUUUCCAAGCCGAUGGAGGAAAUAGAGAAAUCUCUGAAGACAUUGCUAGAGACGGAAAGUAAAACAGCCGCAAAGGAUAUAAAUUCCAAUACGGAUUCGUUGGAAUGCGUAUUAGAUCGGUUUUUGACCAUUGAUAAAGAUCUUACUGAUGCAUUGGCUUCAUAUACUGGGCUUAACUUCUAUGAAAUAGUUGAUAUAGCCCAAAAACUAAAAAUAAUAGAAUCCAAAGAUAAUAAACUGAUUCAAGAUAAAACAGAAAUCAUAUCAAAAUUGAUAACAAUACUAUCGAAAUUUGAUUGGGUCAAUGAAAGUACUAAAAAUAAUGACGAUAAAUUGCAAGAUGUAUUUUUGACAAUACACCAACUAUUGAAAUACUUACAAGUUGACAAGGAAAAAUAUGAAGCUAUCAUAAAAGAUAAGACUCCUGACUUUGUGCAAAAUGUUGACAAGUGUAUUGAACUCAUUGAAAUUGUUGAAGAAAUAUCAACCAUUAUGAAAAUUGAUAAAGUGACUGAAUCAGCAAAACUAGCUCAAGAAUUACGUGAAAGUUUAACCAGUAGCCAAUUUGAACAACUUGAUUCCACAAUGGAUAUUAGUGAAGAAAGCAGAGAGAUAAGUAUGCAGCAAGCUAGCUUAGCAAUGACUUUAAAAGAUGCGCUCACCUCUAUUCAAGCUCAAGUUAUAGAAAAUACAAAAGAGUUGGAGCCAGAGCUUAAAAAUCAAGUUGUUCUGCGAAUCGAGCAAGCUGCUGAACAGUUACAAGAUUUGAUCACAUUGACAGAAGUUAAUGUCGAAAAACCAAAACCAAAGGAAGUAUCUGCUGAAGAAAACAAAACUGAUGUGGAAACGAGAGGAGAUAAACGUGCAGAGGAACAAAUGAAAGCGAAGAUUUCUGAAGAUAUAAUAUCUGAGACGACUUUGAUUCCUGAAAUGCAACAACUAGAUAAAGAUGAAGAAUAUAAAGAAACAAUUUCAAAAGUUGAAAAAGUUGAUAGUGAAAAAGUUAGUCAAGUUGAAGAAUUGUUGGCAAAAACUCAAGUGGCAAGUGAAAUAGAGGUAUCUCAAAAAUUGGACACUACAGAAGACAUGAAACCGGCGCCAGUGAUUGGUGAGACAUUCGAAAUUAUAACGACAGAACAACUCUCAACAAUAGAAACCUGUGUUUCAAUUAUUGUUGAGGGUAAAACUGACCAACUUGUUGCAGAGGCUGAGAAAGCUAAAUUAGCUCAGGACCAAAGAGAAGCAGCUGUCGUACAAGAAAAGCCAAACGGUGGUAUCAGCAGUAGAAACACUUUUUCUACUGGCGAAGAAACUCCUACCAAGGCACAAUUAGAUCUUGUAGAACCUAUUACAGAAUCUACUAUGCAUACAGAUAUACAGGAAACAGCUGUUUUAGAAACAACAAAUGAUUUAGUGGGUGACACGUCGUCAAAAGCUGUGCUCAAUAUCACAGAAAGCCAAAUAAUUACAGAGCAAGUUACAGUAGAUACCACUACUGCAUUAAAGUCUGUGACUGACUUAGACAAUAUAGAAGUGGUUCAGACUACUGUAUCUAUUGAUAAAAGCGCUGAUUCAAAUCAAGCUACUGCUACAGAAACUCUGACAUCUGUUGUACCAGAACCGAGCAAGGAAACUACUAUAGAUACUGAUAAAGUAAACGUAACUGAUAAAAUUUUAGCUUUAGAAACAACAAAUGAAUUGGAAGAUGUAUCAUUGAAGAUGCAUAAUAUCGCAGAAAAUAUCGAAAUCACAGAUCAGACAGUAAUUGGUGAAACACCGACAAUAUUAGAAUCUGUGGAUGACAUGAAAAAAUUAGAAAUCACUGAAACAGCUGAUAUUAUUGAAGCAAACAUUGAUUUGAAUCAUGCUACUAUAGAAACUCCGACUAUGGUACUAGAUGUAGUAGAACCUAGUGUGGAGACUACUAUGGAUACAGAGAAAAUAAUUCUUACGGAAACAGCUGCGCUAGAAACAACUUAUGAUUUAGUAGAUGGCAUGUCAUUGAUAGAGAAACACAAUGCCACUGUAAUCGAUACACCUAUAAUUACAGAACAAUCUAUUGUAGAUACACCUACUGCAUUCGAAUCUGUAACUGAUUUGGAAAAUAUGAGUGUUCUUGAAACAAAUCCUGAUGCAGUUAAAGUGACUACUGACUUGGCUCAGGCUACUAUAAUAGAAACUUCCACCAUGGUAGAUAAAGUUGAUGAAAAAGUAAUAAGUGAUGACGAAUUGUCUAAUGUCAAACAGACUGUUACGGACCUAAUUCAAGAAGCUGUCGAGAAAGCACUCGAAGUUGUGGAAACAGCAACAGAUCUACAAGAAAUAACUUCAGCCUUAGACACGCCAAUUUUGACGGACACGGAUGGUAAAGCAGAACCAGUUUUAGCCAUGUCGGCUCCCGUUUUACAAUCUCCUUUAUCAACCGACGAAGCAGUGACAGAGAUUUCAGAAAUCUUGGCAGCUACUACCGAUUUGUUAGAAAACGUGGAUUUAGUUGAAUAUAACAAUGUCACUGAAGAAACUAUUAAUAAGGAACAAAUCAUAGUAGAGUCACCCACUAUUUUACAAUCAGCUGCUGAAAUGGAAAACAAAGUUACGUUUGAACAACCCAAUGUAGUAGAAACACCACAAGAUUUGAUAGAAAAAGUCGCUAUUCAUGAGGCUCAUACUAUGUCAGAUUCUGUCAUAGAUACUGAAUUAACAAAUGAAAAUGUAUCUGAUAUUAAGGAAAGUGUUACUGAUUUGAUAAAAGAAGCUGUUGAUCAGGCAUGCCAUAUUACAGAAUCGCCAGUGGAAGUACAAGAACAAGUUUCUGAAGCGUCAUCAUUAGAAAUAGGCUCCACAUCUGUUUUGAAAUCUCCUACAGAGUCGGAUCAUAUUGUUACACCCGAAACUGUGGAUGCGUUAGAAACUACUGCGAAUCUGUUAGAAAAUGUGACUGAAGUCGAACCAGUCACUCUUGCAGCAAGCAAUAUACAUGAACAACAGAUUGUUAUUGAAUCACCCACUAUUUUACAAUCAGUUGCAGAAAUGGAAAAAGAAGUGACGUUCGAACAACCCGAUGUUGUAGAAUUACCACAUGAAUUGAUAGAAAAAGUCACUGUACAUGAGACUCCUACUAUAUCAGACGCUGUCAUUGAUACUGAACUAACAGAUGAAAAUAUAUCUGAUAUUAAGGAAUAUGUUACUGAUUUCAUACAAGAAGCUGUUGAUCAGGCAUGCCAUAUUACAGAAUCACCAAUGGAAGUACAUGAACAAGUUUCUGAAGCGUCACCAGUAGAAAUAGACUCUACAUCCGUUUUGAAAUCUCCUAUAGAGUCGGAGCAUAUCGUUACACCCGAAACUGUGGAUGCGUUAGAAACUACUGCGAAUCUGUUAGAAAAUGUGACUGAAGUCGAACCAGUCACUCUUGCAGCAAGCAAUAUAAAUGAACAACAGAUUGUUAUUGAAUCACCCACUAUUUUACAAUCAGUUGCAGAAAUGGAAAAAGAAGUGACGUUCGAACAACCCGAUGUUGUAGAAUUACCACAUGAAUUGAUAGAAAAAGUCACUGUACAUGAGACUCCUACUAUAUCAGACGCUGUCAUUGAUACUGAACUAACAGAUGAAAAUAUAUCUAAUAUUAAGGAAUAUGUUACUGAUUUCAUACAAGAAGCUGUUGAUCAGGAACGCCAUAUUACAGAAUCACCAAUGGAAGUACAUGAACAAGUUUCUGAAGCGUCACCAGUAGAAAUAGACUCUACAUCCGUUUUGAAAUCUCCUAUAGAGUCGGAGCAUAUCGUUACACCCGAAACUGUGGAUGUGUUAGAAACUACUGCGAAUCUGUUAGAAAAUGUGACUGAAGUCGAACCAGUCACUCUUGCAGCAAGCAAUAUACAUGAACAACAGAUUGUUAUUGAAUCACCCACUAUUUUACAAUCAGUUGUAGAAAUGGAAAAAGAAGUGACGUUCGAACAACCUGUUGUUGAAGAAUUACCACAUGAAUUGAUAGAAAAAGUCACUGUACAUGAGACUCCUACUAUAUCAGACGCUGUCAUUGAUACUGAACUAACAAAUGAAAAUAUAUCUGAUAUUAAGGAAUGUGUUACUGAUUUGAUACAAGAAGCAGUCGAACAAGCAGGCCAUAUUAUAGAAUCACCAACAGUAGUACAAGAAAAAGUUUCUGAAGCGUCACCGGUAGAAAUAGAAUCCAUAUCUGUUUUGAAAUCUAGUACAGAGUCGGAGCAUGUUGUUACACCCGAAACUGUAGAUGUGUUAGAAAGUACUGUAAGUUUGUUAGAAAAUGUGACUGACGUCGAACCACUCACUCUUACAGCAAACAAUAUAAACGAGGAACAAAUUAUCAUUGAAUCACCGACUGUAUUACAAUCCACGACUGAUAUAGAUAAAAUGGGUGAUAUAGAAGCAUCUAACGCCACAAUAACGUCAAUAAAUACAUUGGACAACGCGUCUGUUGUACUCGUAGAAUCAGUAUCUAUUUUAGAGCCUACCGCUGAACAAUUAGUGAUAGAUGCAUCUAUCCAGGCUACUGCAGUGGUCACAGAGGAAGGUUUUGAUAAGCAACAAGCUGACAGUGAUUCUUCAAUUAUUGUUCAUGACAGCUCGAAUUUAGAUAAAGAUAGCGCAGCUCCGGCGGAACCUAAGAAAGACAAAUUUGAAUCAGUAGCUUCACCACAAACGACAGAUACUUUGAAAACCGCCGAUUUUGAACAGGAAUUAGAUAUACCAGUAGAAAUUAUUGAAAUCCGGCCAGAAGAGGGUAUCAAAAAACCAAUUGUCGCGAAUGAAUUAAAGGAUAGCUUCACUGAAGUAGAAAAUGUUAGAACGGAAGAAGUUUCAAAAGAACAGGCCAAAUUGGUUGAAAAACUUCAAGGAGCUUUAGAAGCUUUCCAAGCUAUUGUCGUAGAAAAUACCGAGAACAUUGCUCAAAAUUUGGAUGUGAACGAAUGGGCCAAAGUAAGCGAAGUUGUAACACAUUUACAAGAUGAUUUGGCUAGAGCAACUAUUACAGAACCUACGACAGAAAAGGCAGGAGAAUCAAUGCACCACCUCGAAACUUUACUCCAAGAGGUCACUGACAAGAUCGGGACCACGGAGCGAUCUUCAGACGACACAGAAUCAUUGCGUGACAAUCUCGACGAGAUCCAAACCGUCAUCAUUAAGCUGAAGAGAGAUUACGAUGGUGCAUCGAAUGACACGCUCAAUGAAACUCUAGAGGACUUAGAGUGCAGUGUGAGGAGUGUCCAGCUACAGAUCACUGAGGAUAGUCCACCGGAGCUGUUGCAAGAAGCUUGUGCGACAUUACAAUUGUUGGUCAACAACAUGAGUGCUACUGAGGAUAUCACAGGUACCGUAGUAAAGGAAGUCAAAACAGAUAAUUUACUAGAAAAAUGUUCUGACGAAACUGAGGCAACAGUAAAGAUACUAAAUAUUGCAAUAGAAAAUAAAGGAGACAUAUCAAAGUUGACUAUUAAUGAAACUAUCAAACCACAUUCCAAAUCCAGCCCAGAGGUUGCAAGAACAUACUUAGCAGCCGUUAAAGGCAUAAAAUCCAAUCUUGAUAAGAUAGAGUCUUUGACUACUUUAGAAGUAAAACAAAAAAUACCAAUUUUCAAACAAAUUGCAUCACUUUUACUAAAAAUGACUAAUGAGAUCGCAAAACUGCCUGAAGCAGAAAGUAUUGUUUUAGAAGACAGCACAGAGAAUAAUCUUGAUAUUGAAACACAUGAAAAAGUUGAAGAAGUAAAAUCAAGCGAGCUAGAAGACAAGAAGUUGGCUGAAAUUGAACAGUUAGCGGAAAGUUCUACAGUAGAAACAAAGGUUGCGGAAAAACAAGUAGAUCAUUCCACUACAAGAAAUGAAUCAGAAAUAGUAGUAAGUGAAACUGUUGACUCACGCAGUGAAUCUAAAGUCACUGCUGAAAUAGUCGAUGAGGCAAAACCUGCUACAGAAAUUGAAACAGAUGAAAUGACUGCGGAGGAAAGUAUCAAAGAUAGUCUUGAAGAGGUGUCAAAAGAAAAAGUACAAGAAGAUACUUCAUCUUUGGCAAGUAAAGGCGAAGAACCUCAAAUGGCAGAUUUAUCUGUCAAAAAACAGUCUCCGGUACUUGAGCCUCAGCCAAGCACAUCAAAACAAGUAGACGUGGAAUCAGAAUUAUCAAUUGGCAACGAAGAACCAAUUCAACAAGCAGAACUUUCAGCAAGUAUUCAACAAAGUAGUGUUGUGGAUGCAGACAUAGCAAAAGACCUUACGGCGGAGACUGCAAAGGACGAUGAUAAGAGCCACAAAGAAGAUAAAAAUUUAGAUGUGCUAGAUAAGAGCCAAGAUGAACAGAAAACAGAACAAAAACCAGCAACUUCUAAAAAGAUCAAAAGCUUAAAGCCCAAGAAAGACGAAGAAACUCAAACAGACGAUGAAGAAGAGGUUAUGAAAGAAUUGACCAAGAGAGCCGAAGAGACAAAAGAUCAAAAGUCAAAGAUUGUUCAAGACGACCAAAAGUCUCUACUUGAAAAAGGACCUGAUGUAGAGAAAAAUAUACCAAGAGAAACUGACGCUGUCGUGAAGAAUGAACAUGAAAAAAAGGUAACGCAACAAAGUAUGCAAGCACAACAAGAAAUAGAAGCUGUGAGUGAGGUAAAGGAAAUGUCAGAAAUUGAUGUUGUUAAUCAAGAAGAAAAACAAAAAUCAGAGCAAUUAGAAGAGAAUAUUCAACAAGUAGAGUUUGUUGAAGAAAUUUCCAAAAUAGAAACGAAAGAAGACUUGAAAGUAGAAGAAAAGAAAACUCUGCCUGAAGAAAAUAAUGUAGAGGUGAAGAGUGAAGAAAGUAAAGGGGAUGACACUAAACUUAAAGACGCAAGAGGAGUGACGAUUGAGGGGCAAGAAAUUGACAAGGCUGAGCUGGACAAAAAACAAGAGGAAAAAGAAGCAAAAUCGAAACAAAUAGAAGAAGCAAAGGAGGAUCUACUACAGAAACAGGAAGAAGAAAAAGAAGCUAAACUUAAGGCAAAACAAGAAAAGAAAGAAGCUAAGCUUAAAAAGAUACAAGAAGAUAAAGAAGCGAAGCUCAAAAAAGAACAGGAAGAACAAGAUGCUAAACUCAAACAGGAACAAGAAGACAAUGCGGCACAACUCAAGAAAGAGCAAGAUGCAAAGCUAAUUGCUGAAGAAGAAGAACAGAAGCAGGCCACACUGAAAGAACAAGAAACGGACUCAACAGCAAAGCAAGAUCAAAAUGAUGCUCUGUUUCCAGAAGAACAAAAAGACAACAAAGAUAGCCUUCACAUUGCGCAAGAAAAUAUAGAUGUUAAACUCGAACAGGAACAAGAGAGAGAAGAAAAGACUGAAUUACGAAACCUUCACGAAGAACCAGAGCAACUAGGGAGAUCAAUAAAACAGGAGCAACAAGAAUAUGCAGCUGAUCUUCACACGGAAGAGAAAAAAGAAUCAGCAGAGGUCAAACUCAAAAAUGAUUCCGAAGACAAGAUUAAAAAUGAACAAAAAGUAAGUGAAAUUACUGCACAGAAAGAAGAAGAGGAACAAAAAGAACCCAAAACACAAGAAGAGAAAACAGUGCAUGAAUUGACAAAAGCACAAGAAGAAAAAGAUUCUUUAGCUAAAGCAGAAAAUGAAACAAAAGCACCUGUCAAAAAAGACACGGAGGAACAAGAAACCGGGCUGAAACUAAAAGAAGAAGAAAGCGAGGCAGAACUCAAAAAAGAACAGAAAGAUAAAGCUGAAAUUGAACAAGAAACGAAUGAAGAAGAAGAUGCUCAGUCACAAAGAAAAGAUCAAGAAAAGGAAGCUCCUAAGCACGAAAUAAUGAAGAACGAAAGUCAGCUCGAAGAAGUAAAAACUCAAGAAUCUAGUAGUAAAGAUACAAGGGUGGAAAGGGCUGACCUUAAGGAAGAACAUACGACUAAAGUCGAAGAGAAAAAACAAGAGGAGACAGAGGCUGACCUAGAGAAGGGCAAAACGGUUCAGGUGGAUAUAGAAAGCAAGGUUGAGAAUCAAAUUCAGAAAGACGGGUUGCUGCAAGAAAAUCAGGAAGACAUAGAACUUAAGUCAAAGCCAAAAGUAAAAAUAGAGGGAGAACCUGAAUUGCAAUCACUGAACAAAGAGGAAGAUAGUGCUUCUGAAAUUGAUCAAAAGAAAAAGGAUAAAUUGAAGCAAGAAGAUAGAGAAGCACAGCUAAAGAAAGAGGAAAAUGACGCUAAAGUAAGAGCCGAGGAAGAUGAAAAACAGGCUAAGCUAAGAAAAGAACAAGAAGACAGUAGUAUGAAAUUGAAAAAAGAGGAAGAAGAGAAAGAGAUUCAGGCUAAGGAAGACCAACAGGAAAGAGAAGCUCAACAAAAGAAAGAACGAGAGGACAGAGAAGCUCAAGAAAAGAAAGAACAACAGGAAAAAGAAGCACAACAAAGAAAAGAACAAGAAGAACAAGAAAAGAAACUGAAACAAAUUCAAGAAGCCAAAGAAGCUUUGCUCAAAAAAGAAGAAGAAGAGAAGGCAGCAAAAUUGAAAGCAAAACAAGAAAGAAAAGAAGCCAAGCUUAAAAAAAUACAAGAAGAAAAGGAAACAAAGCUUAAAAAGGAACAAGAAGAAAAGAACGCUAAGCUCAAGGCUGAACAGGAAGAAAAAGAUGCUAAGAUUAAAGCUGAACAGGAAGAAAAAUAUGCUAAGCUUAAAGCUGAACAGGAAGAAAAAGAUGCUAUGCUCAAAGCUGAACAGGAAAAAAAAGAAGCAAAGCUUAAAAUGGAACAAGAAAAAAAGAUGCUAAGCUCAAAGCUGAACAGGAAGAAAGAAGCUCAGCUUAAGAAAAAACAAGAAGCGGAAGCAAAAUUAAAUGCUGAACAAGAAGAGAAAGAAGCUAAGCUCAUGCAAGAACAAGACGAAAAAGAAGAAAAACUUAAGAAAGAACUAAAGGACAAAGAAGCUAAACAAAAGUUGGAAGAAGAGAAGAAAGAAUCUUCUGUUAAAGCAGAACAAGAAGAGAAGGAGGCUAAGCUCAAAAAAGAACAGGCGGACAAGGAUGCAAAACUCAAGUUGGAGGAACAAGAGAAAGAAAAAGAUGCUGCUCUUAAGAAAAAACAACAAGAGAAGGACGCUAAAAUAAAAGAGGAAAAUGAAAAGAAAGAGGCCGCUGUUAAAAAAGAACAAGCAGAAAAAGAUGCCAAAAUUAAAGAGGAGGAAGAAAAGAAACAAUCUGCUCUUAAAAAAGAACAAGACGAAAAAGAGGCUAAACUUAAGGCAGAACAAGAAGCUCUGAUGAAAAAGGAGCAGGAAUUAAAAGAAGCUAAACUUAAGAAAGAGCAGGAGAAAGAAGAUGCAAAACAAAAGGAAAAACAAGAACGAAAGAAAGCGAAACUUGAAAAAAUACAAAAAGAUAAAGAAGCAAAGUUGAGGAAAGAACAGGAAGAGAAAGACGCUAAACUCAAGCAGGAACAAGAUGAAAGAGACGCUGAAAUUAAGAAAGAACAGGAUGAAGCGGAAGCCCUACUUAAGGCUGAACAAGAACAGAAAAAUAAAACGGUUAUGAAAGAUAAAGAGGAACUUCAAAAGGAGGAAACGAAAGCUGUAAAAGAAAAGAUAAGUUCGGAGGAAGUAGAACCGAAAAAAUCUGUUAAAAAGUCUGAAGCAGACAAAUUGGAAGAAAAACGAACAGAACAGAAAAGAAACAAACUGGAAGAAGAACAUUCGAUUAAAAUGGGUACUAAAACAGCACAAGAUGAUAUCGACGAGAAAUCUAAAAUGGAAAAGGAUAAAAAGAAAAGAAAACCUAGUACUUCCAAAGAUGAUGAUAAACCUAUGCUCUCGGACACUUAUAAGAUGGAUGAUAUGUUGAAAAAAGGUGAUAGCGAUAUCGACAUUCAAAGGAAAAAACGUAUUUCAAUUGAUACAGAUAAAGGAGAGAUUAGAACCAGAGACACUCGGCGAGAAAAUGGGGAUGCGUAUAGAGAAUCACACAGAGAUGAUAUAACCUCACAUAGAGAAAGGAAAGUAGAAAGUAGGGUCAAAUCAGACUCCCAUCAACAGAGACAUGAUGAAAAGCGUACAUAUGUGGAUUACAGCGCCAAAGACAUCUCGGAAACUCACUUACAAUAUCAUAGAGACGAUGAGAAACGUAGGUUUGUCGAUCAUAGUACUAGAGAUUACACCUCCGAGUUUGCACGACCGUCUAACUAUAGAGAGAAAACAUAUGAACCUGAUAAUUUCCAUAUCGAUACUGUUGGUAAAGGAAUCACAAUUUACAAAGCGCAAACUUUAGUAUUAGACGCAGAGUUGCGUUCUGGUGCACUUCCAGAUUUAAGGUCAUCCGUUCCGCGUACUGAUUCACGAAGAAGUGAACCUACAGAGAGAAGGACUGACUUGAAACACAAAACCAAAGCUGUCAGUGAAGCAAGGAGCAUUUUGUCAGAGAAACGCUCAAGCAUGCCUCGAGAUGUGAAGAGAAAACCCGUGUUUUCUACUUAUUUAACUGACAGAACGGCCGUGGAAGGUUCCAGAGUGAAACUAACAUGUAGUGUGCUUUCUUCGGCUGAACCUACUAUCACUUGGUAUAAAAAUGGCGUGUUGAUCGAUAAUAAACUAAAGUAUAGAACUAAAUUUGUGGAUGGACUUGUUACUCUAGAAGUUUUGAACGCAGUGCCAGCGGAUUCGGCAGAAUAUAACUGUACGGUGGAGAACGAAAAUGGAUCUGUUAGUAGUACAGCGACUUUGAAAGUGUAUCCCAGUUUUGAGGCGUCACCGAUACCACCGACAUUCACAAGAUCAAUAAGAGACACCUAUCACCUCGCGGAGAACGAGCUGGUCCUUGAAUGCCGGAUCCGCGGCCAGCCUCUGCCGACCAUAACUUGGCUGAAGGACGACCGACCAAUCACCGACGAGCGCUACCAGGCCUACUACCUCGCUGAUGGCGUCUGCCGGAUAGCCAUAAGCCACCCGGUCCCGGAGGAUAGCGGGAAAUACACCUGUAAGGCGGAGAACUCGGUCUGGUGCGAUCAGAUCACGCAUGUCGUCAGUUUUACUGGCAAAGAGACUCGUUUGAGCCCCAACAUUCAAACCAUCGAGCGCUCCCGUUUCACCCGCCAAGCCAUGGAAUCCCGUCGUCCCCACUUUACCAACGUCCUCACAGACUAUAAAGUUGCUCGAGGUGGAACCAUCGGCCUCCAAGUGGAAAUCCGAGGUUGCCCGACCAGAGUCGAGUGGCUCCGAGAAGGGAAAUCAGUCACCGACGUGUACAGAAACGCUAAGACUUACGUCGAACAAGGAUUGUAUACUUUAGCCUUAUCAGACGUAACGGAAAAAGAAUCGGGUCUUUACACGUGCAGGGCGUGGAGUAUGCAUGGCAAUGUGGACAUGAAUGCAGCGAUAACUGUGGUGCAUCCUGAGUUGGAUGGGAAGCCGGCUAUAAUUGUGGGGAGACCUGAGAAAGAUGUGCUGAUAUCCGUGGGAGAGGAUUUGAAUAUUUCGUUUAGGGUGCAAGGGGAACCGAAGCCUAAAGUUGUCUUCAUGAAAGGCACGCGCGACAUUACGACCAGCCAGCGUGUCUGCAAGAUGACUUCGGACGACUACGUCAAGUUUACAGUGAAGAGGUCCGUCAUAUCCGACGCGGGGACGUACUGCAUACUGGCGAGGAACGCGUAUGGGUGUGAUCGCGCGUUCGUCACUGUUGUGGUGCGACAGAGGGCAUCAUCGGAAAACCUGAUUUCAGAUUGGACUUAUCCGCUUGAUGACUCUGCCAUUAUCUAUGCCAGUCGGAAUUAUGACACGGUGCCUCGUAUACCCAGCGAACCGAGCGUCGUGGAUGGAGGAAACAACUGGGUCUCGCUAGCCUGGCCCAAACCCGACACAACGACCCCUGUACUAGCUUAUAAAGUUGAGAGCUGGUUGCUUGGGAAGGAAGGCGGCGCGCGGUGGACUGAACUGGGAAUAACCCCAAGGAACUGCUUCGAUGUGUUUAACUUGAAGCAAGGGGAGCAGUACCAUUUUAGAGUGACGCUGAGGAAUCGCUACGGUUGGGGUGAAUCUGUGCAAACUUCGACGCCUAUAGGAAUCGGUUUAACGGGUGACCGUCCCGAAUUUGUUGAUAUACUCCCUGGACAAUUAAAAGUGCUUAUUGGAACGACAGCAAAUCUGACUUGUAGUGUGAAGGGGAAGCCGGUGCCUGAAGUGGUGUGGAUGAGGAAUGGUCAAGAGAUCGAAGACGAGAGAAUGCAGGUGUCGUACAACGGGUACAACUGCAGGCUGGUGAUCAGUGACAUCAGGGCCGAGGAUGAGGCGCGGUACAGCUGUGAAGCGAGCAAUGAACACGGGCGGUCGUCGACGUACGCUCGAGUCUCUGUGGUCACGGAUAAACUUCUGUGGGAAGCUGACGCUAAGCUGAAAAGAGAGCGGUCGUCCGACGCGUCCGGGGACUACCCUCCUCAGUUCACGAUGCGGCUCCGUGACCGUCGCGUGCAGGCGACGUAUCCCGUCCGACUUACGUGCCAAGUCGUGGGUAGUCCCACGCCAACCGUCACGUGGUAUAAGGACGGCGAGGAGGUGUAUAAAGACAAUCGCCACACGCACUUCAAAGACGAGCUAUUCCACACGCUAGAAAUCGCACCGUGCACGCUCGAAGACGGCGGGGUGUACUCCUGCACGGCACGGAACACAAGCGGUGCGGUGUCGUGUCGGUGCAGUCUCGUCGUGGAUAAGGGGAUCCGGGCGUACGUGGCGCCCGAGUUGUGCUGCGGGCUGGAGCCACUUUAUAGGCUACGGGAAGGCGACGAGCUCCGUAUCACAGCCGUGGUGGAAGCGUACCCGUCCGUGGGCGUGACGUGGUACCGCGACGGCAUCCGCCUGCGCCCGUCCCGGCGCGCCGUGAUGACGCUGGACAGGGACGGGCAGAUCGAGCUCGCGCUCGCGUCCGUGACGGCCAGGGACGCGGGCGUCUACACUUGCACGGCGGCUAAUGAGGUCGGCAGCGCGUCUACUUCAGGAAAGGUGGAGGUUAUUGAGGGACCAGUCGUGGAAAAGAGGGCCCCACCCACACUAGUUGGACCUGAUGUUCCGUAUUCUAAAGAGCCCAUGUUCAUCCGAAAACCACGUUCUAGCGAGGCCUACGAAGGGGACACAGUCAUCAUUGAAUGCGAGGUUACGGGAGACCCGAAACCUGAUGUGUACUGGUUAAGAGACUUUCUGAAGCCCGAUUACUACCGCGACGCGAGCCACUUCAAGCGCGUAGGUGCCGGUCCAGAAUACCGGUUCGAAAUUCCUCACGCGAAACUUGACUACACUGGAGCCUAUUCUGUGGUCGCUAGAAACGUCCAUGGGGAGGCUAAGGCUAUAAUUUCCUUGCAAAUUUUGGCUAAAGAUCUCACAUCAGGAGAUGAUUCCCACAAUGUCCGAUACGGCCGUGUGGACGUAAUACCCCGCUUCGAGCGGAAUCUCACCGAUCUCUUGAGUUACGAUGGUGACGCAGUUGAGUUCGAGUGCCGAGUGAGCGGCAACCCUGAGCCUGACAUCAGAUGGUACCACUACGCUGAGCUCAUCCGCGACUGUCCAUACCUAGAGUGUACCUUCGAGUCCGGUGCAGCUCGGUUGAAGAUCAAACAGGUCACGGCCGAUGACGAGGGCACAUACACCUGUGAGGCCUACAACAAUCUUGGCAAGGCGUCUAGCAGCGCUUGCCUUGUUGUGUACCCGCCCGGUGAGCCGAACACAUUAUCAGCGCGCCUUCGCCGGCCGCUCUCCGCCGCCUCCACCCCCCGUUCCACCCCUCGCUCUACUCCAGCGCGGUCUAUUUCCAGGACUACUACUCCUGCGCCCGAUAUGAAGCGUCUAUCGAGCCCGGCCCGCCAAACGGCGCCCAGUUUCUACACCUACCCCUUCAAUAAGGUCGUCGAGGAAGGCGAGACGGUCGUCUUCCAGUGCGCCGUCAAAGGCCUCCCCUCCCCCUGGGCCACCUGGGACAAAGACGGCGUCAUCGUCACCCCCUCUUCUCGCAUCACGAUCAAAGAGAAAGACGAGAUACGGAAGCUCGAAAUAGAACAUGUUACAAUUGAAGAUGUGGGAUUAUAUCGGAUAAGCAUUGAGAAUGACUACGGCAGAGCUGAAGGAACAGCUAGACUUGAAGUUAUUACGCAGAAAGGGAAGUUCCACGCUGGUGUUAGGCGUACAGCGCGUCGCCGCGACGCUCGGCGCCGUACAGGAAGCGGAGCACAUCUAUAUCGAAAGACUGAGAAAUGAAAAAUGGAGCUGCGAGUGAUUUUUUUUUUCAAUUAUUUAUCUGUGCAUUUUAUUUUUAAUUUGAUUCGUACGGCCAGUCAUAAGACUUCGAUAUUCAAGCACGUUAUUUGACAGUUCCCUGUCUUUAUGUUGAUUUUUAUUUGUUACUAUUGGUUUGUAUUUUAUUUCUGUACGUUAAAUUAUUUAUUAAUUUUGCUUGAGUUUUGAUGUAUCCUAUGGCCGCGUACGAAGUAGAAACAUGUUAAGUUUUUGUUUUACUUGUUAGGUUGUGUAUUUCGCUUCACACAUUUUGUCAAUUGCCUUCCGUACUCUGAUUUCAGUAUUUCCAAAUAAUAGAGAUUCUUCAAGUGACUGCUUAGUUUCCUACUAGUCAAAUCAGCUUCUUUUUAAGAACUAUCAAAACGAUUUGCUAAUUUGUGAA